AUGGCAGAGAACAAUAACAUGAACGACAAUGACAACGGCCACGGCGACGAAAACAUCCAACCACCCCAAGACCCUUUCGAAGCCCAGCAAGCAGAGCAACUGCAGCAACAGGUCCAACAGGCAGAUAGGGCAGCAGACAUGCUGCGCGGCGUCACAAUAUCCGCAGCUAUAAGCAUCCUGUGCGACGCCAUCUGGCCAGAAGUGACGCGCAAACUAUGGCUGGAGUGA